CAUUAGACUCGGAACCGCUUGGAGCCAUGAGGGUGAUACUGCUGGCUGUGGUUUACAUCCCGUUCACCGUGGCCAUGGAACGAAUCCCCCUCGUUCGAUUCAAAUCUAUCAAGAAACAGCUGAAGGAAAAGGGAGAAUUAGAAGAAUUUUGGAGGAAUCAUCACCCGGAUGUUUUUGCCCGGAGGUACCUGCAUUGCUUCCCUGCAGAUAUUGCUUUAUCGAUAGGAACGGCUUCAGAAAGGCUGUAUGAUUACAUGAAUGUCUGCCUUUUCCUCAGGAGCAGCUCACCAGGAGGCAGGCCGGGGCUGACCGGGUUGUUCCUCCCCCAGGCACAGUACUACGGAGUUGUGAGCGUCGGCACGCCGCCCCAGAGGUUCACCGUCGUGUUUGACACCGGCUCCUCCAAUUUUUGGGUCCCUUCUGCUUAUUGCAUCAGUGAAGCGUGCAGGGUGCACCAGAAAUUUAAGUCCUUCCUGUCGGAUUCAUAUGAGCACGGAGGGGAAGCCUUCUCCUUGCAGUAUGGCACGGGACAGCUUCUGGGCGUCGCUGGCAAAGACACACUGCAGAUAAGUAACAUCUCCAUCAGGGGACAGGACUUUGGUGAGUCGGUGUUUGAGCCAGGAACAACCUUUGCCCUUGCCCACUUCGAUGGCGUGCUGGGCUUGGGCUACCCCUCCUUAGCAGUGGGCAAUGCUCUGCCCGUGUUUGACAGCAUCAUGAACCAGCAGCUGGUAGAGGAGCCGGUCUUCUCUUUCUAUCUGAAAAGAGGAGAUGACACUGAGAACGGUGGUGAGUUGAUCCUGGGGGGGAUAGACCAUUCCCGCUACAAAGGUUCAAUCCACUGGGUCCCAGUCACCGAGAAAAGCUACUGGCAAAUACAUCUGAACAAUAUAAAGAUCCAGGGCCGGGCGGCAUUUUGCUCCCACGGCUGCGAAGCCAUCGUUGACUCAGGCACUUCUCUUAUCACCGGCCCCUCUUCACAAAUCAGGCGAUUACAGGAGUAUAUUGGGGCAAGUCCAUCGCAUACUGGAGAGUUUCUUGUAGACUGCAGAAGACUGUCCAGCUUGCCCCACAUCAGCUUCACGAUCGGACACCACGAGUACAAGCUGACAGCGGAGCAAUACGUCGUAAAGGAGUCUAUUGAAGACCAAACCUUCUGCAUGAGCGGCUUUCAGUCUCUCGACAUCACCACUCGCUCUGGCCCGCUCUGGAUUUUAGGAGAUGUCUUUAUGUCUGCAUUUUACUGCAUUUUUGACCGUGGGAAUGACAGAGUGGGAUUUGCGAAAGCCGUUCAUAGGAAGGAUUACUACUGA